UAUGAGGAGUGAGCAAGCUACAGGAGGCUAUUCUCAUUCAUGCUCCAUAGGAAAGUGAGGGAGGUCAGACUACUGCAGCCUCUGUGCAGAGCAGGGGAAUGUUCCAUCUGUAAAAGAAUGUCAGACAGAGAUGAAGAUUCCUAGAGCCUCAUGAACAUUUGCUUCUCCAGGAGACAUUAUAUGAGACCUUGCCCUAUGCACUUUGGUUCACUUUGGGAAUUUUACAUCAAUGCAUGCCUGGAAUUUGCCAAAUUUGAACACUGAAAGAAUUCUCAUUGGGAGUCUAUUGUAAAGCACAUUAUGCUUGGCAUAUUCCAAGAAGCUCAGUCAUUCAUUAAAGAGAAGCCACGGAGAAUGUGGAUAGUGCGCCCUCUCGUGAAUUGUGUUUGAAUUACAGAGAAAGAAUUGCUUUUUUUCAUCAAAGGCAAAUAUGGCUUUAGUAUCUCUGCCUUCCAAAAAAUUGGAAUCCCGGAGGUGCGAUGAAGUGAUAAAUCUUCACUACAACUACACAGGAAAACUGAAGGAAAGAGAGUUUGAUCAUAUGGACACAACUGAAAUAGUGUUUCUUAUCAUCUGCAGUUUAAUAGUACUUGAGAAUCUAAUGGUGCUCAUCGCUAUCUGGAAGAACAACAGAUUCCACAACAGGAUGUACUUUUUUAUCGGCAACCUUGCACUUUGCGACAUGCUAGCCGGGAUCGCUUACAUUGUCAACAUUUGUAUGUCUGGAAGUAAAACUAUGGAUAUCUCUCUGACAGCCUGGUUUGUUAGGGAGGGGAGUAUGUUCAUUGCCCUAGGAGCUUCCACGUUUAGUCUGUUGGCAAUUGCUAUUGAGAGGCACUUAACAAUGAUUAAAAUGAGGCCUUAUGAUGCAAACAAGAAAUACAGAGUGUUUCUUCUCAUUGGAACUUGUUGGCUCAUCUCUUUUUCUCUUGGUGCCUUGCCAAUUCUUGGCUGGAACUGCAUUGGGGACUUACCAAACUGCUCCACAAUCUUGCCUCUGUACUCAAAACGUUAUGUUGUAUUUUGCAUUAGCAUUUUCAUAGCCAUUCUAAUUGCAAUAGUUAUCCUCUAUGCACGUAUCUACAUUCUGGUUAAGUCCAGCAGCCGGAAAGUCACAAAGCACAGUAAUUCGGAGAGAUCCAUGGCACUUCUCAGGACAGUUGUUAUUGUUGUGGGAGUUUUUAUUGCCUGCUGGUCACCUAUAUUUAUCCUUCUCCUGAUAGAUGUUGCCUGUGAAGUUAAAACGUGUUCUAUAUUAUAUAAGGUACAGUGGUUUAUUGCUAUUGCUGUUCUAAACUCUGCCUUGAAUCCAGUCAUCUACACACUAGCCAGCAAGGAAAUGCGUCGGGCAUUCUUUCGUCUGGUGUGCAGCUGUUUGGUCAAAGCAAACAAUUCAAGAUCAUUACCGAUCCAACCAACGCCCGACCAGAGCAGGAGCAAAUGCAGUAGCAGCAGCAAUUCUCCAAAACAUAAAAGCUUUAUACAGACUAAUGGUCACAGUAAAGAUGAAAAAAGUGAAUCCUCAUACCAUAAUGGAACUUUAACCAAAUAACCUUCCAUUUUCAUUACUCUUUAGUACAAGGACUUAAGUACUCUCUGAGUUCCCUAAUGGUUUUCCCUGCACUUAUAAACUUUUGGUUACCGAGUACCAUGAAGUAUUGUUAAUAUUUGAAUGCAUGUCCGUUAAUUCAUUUUAUUUUCUAAGUGUUUUAACUCAGGAAAUACGUCGAAUGCACGUUACGAUGGAGCAGAUGGUUUUGCAACUGGAAAAAAAGUAACAUUUUGGUAAAUAUUAUAGCCAAUUCAAAACAAUUCCAAAAAAAGUAACUGAACAUUACUGACAUUUUAUUGAGGAUAAAGACUAAAAAUCUGUGGAGCUGGAACUUGCAAUAGAGGUGCCUUAAUAAUAACCCUGGAAGAUUUGGGCUUGAGCUCUACCAGUUGUAGCAUGUAAGGCCUAAUUCAAUGCAACAUCUGCUUUAUAUAUAUAUAUAUAUAUACAAUGAACCAUUGACCAAUAUCAUUUUGUUUAUUAGUUGGUGCACCCUAGUAAUUGUUAUCUUACAUCAAAACACAUUACAUGCUUGAUCUUUUCUAACUUGAAAUUGCUCCAACGGCAUUCUUACAGGUGUUUCCAUUCCAUUAUAGGCAAGAACUUUGAGGUCCUUUUUUUUUCUUUUGUAGCUGACAUUCAACAUCUUGACAAGUGAAAAGAUCUGGGAGGAUAAGAAUUCCAAUUGUCCAGCGACUGUAUUAUAUUAAUAGGUUAUCUAUAUAAAUAUAUUAAAUACUUUUCUAAAGUAAAAUAAGGCUUCAAAUUGCAAACCAAGAUGCAAGUUUUUUUUUUUUAAAUCGUGUAUAAAAAGUUUGUCCAACCAAUGAUACAUGCACACAUACGUUUAUUUUAUUUAUCUGUUUAUGCUGUUAUAAUGUCCUAUAUAUAUAUAUACUAUCUGAUAUGACCUAUCAUAUAUGAUUUUUUUAAAUAUACCUUCUGUCUUCUGGUGUUUGCUAUACUUGAAGCAAGGCUGGUGAACAUGCAAAAAAUGUAUCAGCUGCCCCAAAGGAAACAAAUAAAGAAGACCAGUCCCAAUCAGUCCUCAUGGUCAUUUGCUAAGAGCAGCUGGAAAAAAGUAAUGUUUAAUGACAGUAAACUAAUGAAAACACCACCCCACAAUUUAGAAAACCCCAUUUUAAAUGGUCUAAAACCAAAAGCACUUCAGGUCCAUGUUCGAUAACUUGGAAGAACAGAAUGGCUGGGUAGAACAUAAUAGGGGACUGUGCUAGACUGAAGAAAGGCAGCUUCUAAAAACCCAAUACUUGGUCUGCCAGUUUAGCAGCCCUGAAAGAGAGUUGUUAGGCCUAGUUUAUUGGAGUUGCUGAACAAUUUGGCCAUUUAAUUUUCCAUUUUCAUAAUGAGUGCCCAGAGGCAAGUUCAAUUUCCUAUUUAAUUGACUUUCUAUUUAACUGUUCAUUAAUGUGUUUAUUUUCUCAAUGAAUGCGUCAUUUUAUUCAAGUAUAAUCGGCCCUCUUAUUUUG